AUGACGGCCUCAAAAUAUGUCGUUUUCCAAAACGGGAAAUUCUUCCGGUCCAACAAGGCGCCUCCCGGCCAGCGAUCCGAAGCAAACUUUGCGGAAGCUCUAGUUAUCAAAGACGGUGUUAUCAGCUUCGUAGGCAAAGCCGAUGCAACGGAGGUGCAAAGUGCGAUUGACGCUGGGGCCGAAGUCCGUGAUGUUGGUGGUUACACUGUUCUCCCAGGACUUGUCGAUGGACACAUCCACUUGACUCAACUGGGACAAACCUUGGAAAAGUUGCGACUGGAUGACUGUAAAAGUCUUGCAGACAUCAGGAAGACGAUUAAAGAGUAUGCAGUCGCCAACCCCGACCAGGCGCGCAUUUUCUGCAGUGGCUGGAUGCACUUCAUGACGCCUGAGGGUCCAUUGGCCUCACUCAUCGACGACCUUGACCCACGUCCGAUUUUGAUUACUGCAAAAGAUUUACACUCUACUUGGGCAAACAGCGCUGCUCUUGCUGAGCUGGACUUGGACAAUGAGCCAGACCCUCCGGGCGGCGAGAUCGUGCGCGACCCCAAGACGGGCAAGCCCAGCGGUUUGCUGUCCGAAGCGGCCAGUAUGAAGUUAAUUCCUCUGUACAUGGCCAAAGUGUCAACGCCGGAAGAUCGCAUAUCGGCCGUCAAGACCGCGAUCGAUGAUUAUAGCAGUGCUGGUUUCACUGGCUUGGUUGACAUGGCAAUGGAAGAAGAGGGCUGGAGCGCGAUUCAAGAUUACCGUAAGCGGGAGAAGGAGGCUGGCAGGAGACUCCCAAUCCGCUUCGCUGCUUACUGGAUGAUUCUGCCGAGAGACAGUGACGCCGAAAACAUCAAGCAGGUCGAGAGAGCGGCAGAGCUCGCGCGAGAGUUCAAUUUCGAGACCGACCCGGACUGCAGGCUCGUCGGAAUCAAACUUGUCUGCGACGGCAUCAUUGACGGAUGUACUGCAUCCCUGAAAGAGCCGUACAGCCACAACAAUGACAACUGCGAGCCGGCCUGGUCGCCGGAGCAAAUGGGUCCUGUAGUAGAAGCGGCGACGAAGCAUGGCCUUCAGGUUGCGCUCCACGCCAUCGGUGAUCGGACCGUGGCCAACGCCAUCGAUGUACUUGAAAAGUAUGUCGGCCCGGAGCACCGUCCGCGUAUCGAGCAUCUUGAGGUCACUACCGAAGAAGACGCCAAGCGGCUCGGAAAGCUGGGCAUUACUGCAUCAGUACAGCCUGUACAUUCCGACCCUGCGAUCCUACGCGCCUGGCCGAAGCUCAUCGGCGAGCAUCGGUGUGGUCGAGCUUUUGCGUACAGCGAGUUUGCCGAUGGUGGCGCACCCGUGGCUAUUGGCUCUGACGCCCCGACUGCACCGCAUCACAUUAUAAACAACCUUUACAUUGCUACGACGCGGAAGUCCGCCCGCGAACCCGAGUUGGAGACGGUGGUUAACCCUCACUUUGCCUUGUCUCUAUGCGAUGUGGUGGCUGGUGCUACGGAGGGUGCGGCGAGAAGCUGCUUCUUGGAGGACCGUGUUGGAUCGUUGGAUGUCGGAAAGAAGGCUGAUCUGGCUGUGCUGGAUCUGGAAUGGGAACCAUCAAAGGCACUUCAGGCAAAGGUUGUGGAGACAUGGUUUGAUGGGCAGCAGGUGUUUUCUGCCAGAGCUUGA